AUGCUAGUUCAACCAUUAUUGGAGAAUUUGUCUGUUUGGGGGGCGGUGCAAGGGAUUCUGUCUCUCCUUGGGGUUUUGACAGUAGCGUAUAUCACGUACAAUCGAUUCUUCCACCCGUUACGCUCUAUUCCCGGACCCUUCCUCGCUUCCAUAACCCCCUGGGUACAACUCUACCACGGUCUGAAAGGCGACCGACACCUAUGGCUUCACCGUUUGCAUGAGAAAUACGGCUCCCAUGUCCGGGCAGCACCCAAUUUCGUCUCCAUCAACACGGACCGUGGCCUGCACGACAUCUACGGCCAUGGCAAGCGGCUCCGCAAGGCCAAUUUCUACAAUGCCUUCCCCGCCAUCAAGGGCGUGUACAACACGCACAAUGCAAUCGACAAGGCGAUGCACGGGCGCAAGCGGCGCGUGCUCAGCCAGGCUUUCUCGGAUCAGGCGCUGAAGAGCAUGGAGGAUGUGAUGCUGCUGCAUGUGCGGCAGCUCUGCGGAAUUCUGAGUGGUGGGCUCGAGGGAAAGGGCGAGAAGGGCACGAUUUUCAACAUGGGAGAUUGGUUUAGCUAUCUGACCUAUGAUGUGAUGGGGGAGCUGUGCUUUGGGAAGAGCUUUGAUAUGUUGAUCUCUACCGGACGGCGGAAAUUGAUUGAGCUUGUGGAUCGCGCUGCCAACCGGCACUAUGUGUGCGGAUUGUGGAUGCCGCUCGACACCUGGCACCUGGACCAGAUCUUCAUCCACAAGUUGACCAACGACCGAUGGAACUUCAUCAUGAACUCCCGAAUCGAAGCCAACGAGCGGGCCAAGGAACGGACGCAGGCCGGUCACGACGCCAAAAAGGACUUCUUCUACUACCUGCUCAACGCCAAGGACCCCGAAACCGGGAAGGGCCUGACGACGCCCGAGCUCUGGGGCGAAGCAAACGUCCUGAUGAUCGCCGGCAGCGACACGACAUCCACCACGAUGUCCGCGACGAUCUUCUACCUGGUCCGCAACCCCCGCGCCAUGGAAUUGCUCCGCAAGGAGAUCCGUGAGAACUUCUCCUCGGUCGAGGAGAUCGUCACUGGCCCCAAGCUCAACGAGCUCGUCUACCUGAAGGCGUGCAUCGACGAGGCAAUGCGUCUGGCGCCUGCUGUCCCCGGCGCGCCCCCGCGCGAAGUCAUGGAGGGCGGCGCCAUGAUCGAUGGAGUUUUUCUGCCUCAGGGUACAGACUGCGGGACCCCGACGUACUCGAUCCACCGGCAACCCGAGUACUACCGCGACCCCGAGGCGUAUAUCCCGGAGAGAUGGAUCGAGGGCGCGACGUGCCAGGCCGGCAACGAGUCAUGGACGACCAGCAAGGAGGCCGUUGAGCUGGCGCGCAGGGCCUUCUGCCCCUUUAGCAUCGGGCCGCGGGGGUGUAUCGGGAAGAGCAUGGCGUUCAUGGAGAUGCGGGUGACCAUUGCGCGGUUGAUGUUCCUGUUUGAUUUUGAGCUGUCAGACCAUAAGGGUGAGGAUGGAAAGGGCCAGCUGGCUCUGGUGGAUCAUUUCACUAGCUCCAAGUACGGGCCGAAUGUUAUUGUCCGGAAGAGAGUGUGA